AUGCCCCGCAGCCACCGCCGAGGAGACGACCAGGGCGGCUCCGCCGGGCUCGGGCUGAAGAGCGGCUCGGCGGGGCGCCUCGCCGGCGGCGGCGGCGGCAUGAAGGAUGUGGAGUCCGGCCGGAGCAGGGUGCUCCUGAACUCGGCGCCGCCGCGAGGGGACGGCUUGCUCCUCUUGGGCACCGGCGGCGGCGGCGGCGGGCUGGGCUCGCGGGAGAACCGGAGGAGCAAGCCCGGAGGAUCCCGGAUGAGCCUGCUGGGGAAGCCGCUCUCCUACAGCAGCAGCCCCAGCUACCGGCGGAACGCCAAGUACAGGCGGCUGCAAAACUAUCUCUACAACGUGCUGGAGAGACCCCGGGCCUGGGCGUUCAUCUACCACGCGUUCGUUUUUCUCCUUGUGUUUGGUUGCUUGAUUUUGUCAGUAUUUUCUACUAUUCCUGAGCAUACAUGGCUUGCCACUAAUUGCCUCUUCAUUCUGGAGUCUGUCAUGAUUGUUGUCUUUGGUUUUGAAUUUAUCGUACGCAUCUGGUCUGCUGGCUGCUGUUGUCGAUACCGUGGAUGGCAAGGAAGGCUGCGAUUUGCAAGGAAACCAUUCUGUGUAAUUGACAUCAUUGUUCUCAUCGCUUCAAUAGCAGUUGUUUCUGCAAAAACUCAGGGUAACAUUUUUGCAACAUCAGCACUGAGAAGUCUUCGUUUCCUACAGAUCCUUCGUAUGGUGCGCAUGGACCGAAGAGGAGGAACUUGGAAAUUGUUAGGUUCGGUGGUUUAUGCACAUAGCAAAGAAUUAAUCACAGCCUGGUACAUAGGAUUUUUAGUACUCAUUUUUUCAUCUUUCCUAGUCUAUCUGGUGGAAAAAGAUGCAAAUAAUCAGUUUUCUACAUAUGCAGAUGCUCUGUGGUGGGGCACAAUCACAUUGACAACAAUUGGCUAUGGAGAUAAAACUCCCCUCACGUGGCUAGGAAGGCUUCUUUCUGCGGGAUUUGCACUGCUUGGAAUUUCAUUCUUUGCACUACCUGCUGGCAUUCUUGGGUCAGGGUUUGCAUUAAAAGUACAAGAACAGCAUCGUCAAAAACAUUUUGAGAAAAGAAGGAAUCCUGCUGCCAGUUUAAUUCAAUGUGUAUGGCGUAGUUAUGCGGCUGAUGAGAAAUCGGUUUCCAUUGCUACCUGGAAGCCUCAUUUGAAGGCCUUGCAUACCUGCAGCCCUACAAAUCAAAAGUUAAGCUUUAAGGAGCGUGUGCGGAUGGCUAGCCCAAGAGGACAGAGUAUCAAGAAUCGUCAACCUUCAGUUGGAGACCGAAGAUCUCCAAGCACAGACAUUACUGCAGAGGGCAGCCCAACAAAAGUGCAGAAGAGCUGGAGUUUCAACGACAGAACUCGCUUCAGACCUUCUCUUCGUUUGAAGAGUUCACAGCCAAAGCCAAUGCCAGAGACUGAUGCCAACAUUGGUACAGAUGAGAUCUAUGAUGAAAGAGGAUGCCAGUGCGAUGUAUCCAUAGAAGAUCUCACCCCAGCACUUAGAACAGUUAUCCGAGCAAUCAGAAUCAUGAAAUUUCAUGUUGCCAAAAGAAAGUUUAAAGAAACUUUGCGCCCCUAUGAUGUUAAAGAUGUCAUUGAACAGUAUUCAGCUGGUCAUCUGGAUAUGUUGUGCAGAAUUAAAAGCCUUCAGUCACGGGUUGACCAAAUUCUUGGAAGAGGGCAAAUAGCAUCUGAUAAAAGAAAUCGAGAGAAGAACACAGCAGAGAAUGAAACAGCUGAUGACCUCAGUAUGCUAGGGCGUGUAGUCAAAGUGGAAAAACAGGUCCAGUCUAUAGAGUCGAAAUUAGACUCAUUGCUAGAUAUCUACCAACAAGUCUUGAAGAAAGGAUCUGUAUCUGCUCUGACGUUGGCUUCAUUUCAAAUGCCACCGUUUGAAUGUGAUCAAACGUCUGAUUAUCAAAGUCCUGUAGAUAGCAAAGAUUUGACUAAUUCUGCCCAGACCAGUGGAUGUGUAUCCAGAUCAGCCAGUGUCAACAUGCCGUGUGGCCUACAGCUUAUACUGACACCAAAUGAAUUUAGCCCUCACGCUUACUAUGCUUUUAGUCCAACUAUGCAUAGUCAAGCCACACAGGUGCCAAAUGAUGGACCUUCAGCAUUAACAGGUAACAAUGCACUAAACCAAAUAAAUCAGACAUCGAAGCCAACUUCACCUACAACGUUACAGAUACCCCCCUUUUCAUCAGUAAAGCAUAUCAAUAGAUUGGAGCCUAUUCAUAUUAUUCCUAUGAGCUCGCAGGAAAAUACUUCUGAUGUCACUGCUUGCCUUGUGGCUUCAAAGGAUAAUGGAAAAGUUGCACAGUCCAAUGUGACAAAGGAUCUUUCAUGGAGAAAAAGCCUCGAUAAUGAAGGAGAACCUCUGGUCUCAGUGAAACCAUUAGUGCAAAUGGAUUUAGGGAAAUCGCUAUCUGUACAAAAUCUUAUACAGUCAACAGCAGAAGAACUGAAUAUACAGAUUUCUGGUAGUGACACAAAUAGCUCAAGAGGUAGCCAAGAAUUAUACAGCAAAUGGAGGGAAUCAAAAUUAUUUAUAACUGAUGAAGAUUUGGAAGCAGAGAGAGAAACGGAGACUUUUGAAGCCAUUUCCCACCCACUAGUGGAAACAACUCUCUCUACCGACUCUCUGAGGACUGGAAUGUCAAGAUCAUCUCAAAGCAUUUGCAAACCAGGAGACAGUACAGAUGCUCUCAACCUGCCUCAUGUAAAACUUAAAUAG